AUCGAAAAUCGCAUUCCAACUAUUACUUUCGGUGUAGUAGCAUUGAACUUGGUUGAGUGCGUCGUUGUGAAUUCAGGAGACAAAUAUUUAAUAUAAAAAUGAAUCUUUUGUUAUACGGAUGUCUUUAUACCUUAAUUUGCGCCUGGCCCGCGGAAACGUUCAGUGUAGUGAAAAAAGUUCAGGAGUUACAUGCAAAGCAUUAUGAAUUCCCGGACUCAGAUGGUGCAUCCAACGACUGGAUAUUCAACGGAGAGAAUGGAUUCGAUAGCAAUGGAGUGCAGUUGAAGCCCGAUGACCCAAAAACCAAAGUUCGAACGGAACAAUCGAAUCGUAUGAAAAUGUAUAUGGACAUGUUGGCAGACCCGUGUGAAGAUUUUUAUCAGUACGCGUGUGGAAACUGGGAAAAGAACCACCCGAUCCCCGAUGAUCAGUUCGAGUACAAUAUGUUCUCUUUGCUCCAGGAAAACUUGUACAAAUCACUGAAGACGCUACUAUUAGAAAAACCAAGUGGGGUUUUGGAUUCAAAUAAUGAGCCGAUCGCUGAAGAUAAGGCCAGACACUUUUACGCGGCAUGCUUAGAUAGUGAAAUGAGGGAGAAACAUGGCGCGAAACCACUUUUAGAUUUUCUGAAGCAACAAGGAAACUGGGCAGUGUUGGAACCCAAUUGGAAUGGCCAAGACUUUGAUUGGAUGGAACUGACUGCACGCCUGGCGAAGUAUAUGCCCAACAGCCUCAUUCGUACAUCAGUGGAUGGAGAUUUGAAGAACUCUGCCCGUAAUAUAAUCUACUUAGAUGAGCCGACUUUAAGUCUGCCCCGUCGAGAUAUUUAUUUGAAGUCACCUAACUCUACUUAUAUGGUUGCGUAUAAGCAACUCAUUACGGAAAUUAUUCAGCUUCUAGGAGCUAGUGAAGAACUGGCAGUCGAAAGUGCUAAUCGAAUCGUAGAAUUUGAGCGCGAACUAGCUAAAAUUAAAAGUGAACAACAAGACCGUAUGGAACUGGAGGAACUCUACAACAGCAUGAGAGUCUCGGAUUUGAUCGCGAAUUACCCAAAUAUCGAUUGGAUGAAAUAUUUCGGAAUUGUUUAUGGCCCAAACAUUACAAAAUCCACAACAAUUGUUCUGCUAUCGAGGGGAUAUAUGAAGCAGCUUCCAGAUUUGCUUGCCAAAGCAGAGAAUAAAACUAUUGCCAGUUAUAUAAUGUGGCGCUAUGUCAAAGAAUUGAGUGAAGACUUAGAUAGUAGAUUCGAAAAAGUGCACGCAAAAUUUACACAACAAUUAACAGGCCAAGCGGACACUUUACCAAAAUGGAAAACUUGCAUUCAGUACACAAACCUCAUGAUGGGUAUGGCAGUAGGUGCUAUGUUUGUUAAACGCCAUUUCGAUGAAACCAGCAAAGCAGAUGUAAUACAACUGACCCGAGAAUUGCAGCAAUCCUUUCGUGAUGCUCUGAGGGAAAAUACUUGGAUUGAUCAGGAGACGCGAGCCAAAGCCGAGGAGAAGGCCAAUGAAAUCGGUUUAGCUGUCGGAUAUCCAGAUGAUAUCCUUUCAUCGGAGAAAUUGAAUGAACGAUAUCGUGGUCUAAUCAUCAGCCCCACCAAUUAUUUCGAUAACUCAAUAAAUCUAGCAAUCUAUGAUACUCAAAAGUACAUCGAGAACCUAAACAAACCUGUCGAUCGUCAAGAGUGGGCUGGGUAUCCUGCCGUGAUAAACGCAUACUUUGAGCAAAGCAAUAAUCGAAUUAUUAUUCCAGCUGGGAUUCUUCAACCCCCAAUAUAUAAUGAAUACUUCCCAAAAGCCUUGAAUUAUGGCGGAAUUGGAAUAUUUGUUGGUCAUGAGCUGACUCACGGAUUCGAUGACACCGGUAGGAAUUUUGAUAAGAAGGGCGAUAUGAAACAAUGGUGGACCGAAAACUCCAUAGAUGCAUUCAAGAAACAAGGUGAAUGCUUCGCCGAACAGUACAGUAAUUACUCAAUGCAUGGUAAAAACAUAAAUGGCUUAAUAUCGAAAGGCGAAAAUAUAGCGGAUAAUGGCGGACUCCGACAAGCAUAUCAGGCAUACAAUAAAUGGUUGGAAGCACAUCCCGACGAAAUAGAGAAUGAAUUUCUACCUGGAUUAAAUAUAACCGGAAAGAAGUUGUUCUAUCUAGGAUUCGCACAAGUCUGGUGUGGAACAAUACGCCCCGAAGCUGUUGAUAAUAAACUGGAAACGGAUUCACAUAGCCCUGGAAAAUAUCGUGUAUUGGGGAGCUUAAGAAAUUUCGAAGAGUUUUCCAAGGAGUUCAAGUGCCACGAAGGAACUGCAAUGAAUCAAAAGCAUAGAUGUAAAUUAUGGUAGAUUUUAUAUAUUAAUUUAAGCAUAAUUCUAGAUGCAUGAAUAGAAAUCUACAAUAAAGUUAUUGGA